CACUUUAAAAUUGACUUGGAGGAAGAGCGAGGAGAGUGAGCGCGGGAGAGAGGUGGAAGCACGCGGGACCGGAGAGAGCGUCCCUCCUGUUCCCCGCAAUCAGCUCAGCAGGUCCGGCCAGUACCUGCAGCACAGCGGGGGCCGUGCGAGGAUGGCUCUGCCGGAUAACGCCAGCUCCACCAUGGCCAGCGAAGAGGCCCCUUUCCCCGAGAUCGUGGAGCUGAACGUGGGCGGGCAGGUGUACAUCACCCGCUACUCCACCCUGCUCAGCGUGCCUGACUCCCUGCUGUCGCAGAUGUUUGGCCGCAAAAAUGGCCUGGGGCUGGCCAGGGACGGCAAGGGGCGCUUCUUCAUCGAUCGCGACGGCUUUCUCUUCCGCUACAUUCUGGAUUACAUGCGGGACCAACAGCUGGUGCUGCCUGACCACUUUCCGGAGAGGAGCCGGCUGCAGCGGGAAGCCGAGUACUUCGCGCUGCCCGAACUGGUCAAGGCGCUGACCCCCAAACUCAGCAAACAGAACUCCAUCAACGACGACGCCUGCCCCAGCGACCCCGAGGACGGUUCCCCCAACACAGACGCUGUGCGCAGCCUGGCUGCGGCCACGGCGACCGCCGGCACUGGCAGCGGCGACAGGAGGAUGGGUUUCAUUACCAUCGGCUAUCGGGGCUCGUACACGCUGGGCAGGGACAGCCAGACGGAUGCCAAGUUCAGGAGGGUGGCCAGAAUCAUGGUAUGUGGCAAGACGGCGCUGGCAAAGGAGGUGUUCGGGGAGACGCUGAACGAGAGCAGGGACCCGGACCGUCCUCCUGAGCGCUACACAUCUCGCUACUACCUCAAGUUUACUUUCCUAGAGCAGGCGUUUGAUAAAUUGGCCGAAGCUGGCUUCCACAUGGUGUCGUGCAACUCGACGGGCACCUGCGCCUUCGCUCACGAGCAGACCGACGACAAGAUAUGGACCAGCUACACUGAAUAUGUUUUCUACCGUGAGUGAUCUGCCACCACAAACCUCUGCCCACCAAACCCUCAAGUGAUUAGACCUAAACCCGACCCACCAUCCUUAGAACAGACCCUCUGCUCCUCCAGCUUUCAAACUCCAUGUGCCAUCCCUGCCUCACCUAGUUUACCACGCUCUCCGAUACAUUUGGAUGGAUGAACUUUUCUGAAGUGUUUGUUUUAUUUUUAAUUUUAGAGACACGACGCUGUUUAUUAAACUAGUGCAUUUAGUUUUUAAUCAAGCACAAAGUUUAGUUGUGUGUGUGCGUGUUUGGAUGUGGUGCACACUGGGUGUUGGCACAUGUCCCGGUGCCUUCAGCAGCUUAGUUAAUCGCGUUUGACGUAAAACAAUUGGGGGAAAAUGAAGUAUUUCCAGUGGCAGAAAAACUGAUACGGCGGCGAACGGUAGAGGCAUGUAAAAUUAACCGAUUUUGGAAAUUUUCAGGUGGAGGCUAUUGAACCUUCAUUGCGUUAUGAACAGCAAACUGCGUUAUGUGCUUCUUUCCAAGAAUAUUUAAAGGGAAGGUUGAUCGAAUAUGGCGAGACAGUGUUUCUAAUUACAGCACGACAAUGCCAAAUAGUGACUUUAAAAUGCCAUUUUUUUUUGACAGCGGGGCGUACUAAGUUCCACAAAAUGCGGUUUGUAUCUUAAACUAAGUGUUUGCCAAAUAACGCGUAGCCUUUAAAUAAGAUAAAUGAAUUCAAAUUUCAUAGUGAAAUUAUUGUUGUUAAAAUUUGGAUAACACUGCAUAAGUUUCUGUUAAGACAUUUAUGCAGAUUUUCCAUAAAUUAAUGUUUCUUAUGAUAUGCGUUAUGUGAUGUAUAAAAAUAAAGCUAUUUUGUGAUUAGAACAAAUGCCAAAGUCUUGACAUUUUAAUUUGUACCUUGAUUUAAAUAUAAGUUAUUCUGUUACAUGACUUUAUAGCCUGCUUUCCAUAGCAUAAGUUGUAUUUGUCAGGUUGAACACCAGGUUGGUGAACACUGAAGGAGCAUUCUAAAUCU